UCUACUGUACCGUACUGACGACCAACGAACGCCGAACGUCGAUUGCCCGCUGGAAAUCCUUUGGAGCGAAUCUUGCCUGUGUGUUUUGUCCCCCCACAGUACCGUACAUACAGUGGUUUCGAGAGUGUUGCGCUUUGGCGUUCCGUUCUCCCCCUUUGUUUUGUUUUCCAUUCGAUGGGUAGGUGAUUCGUGUGCUGCUGGCUACAAGUUAGAGGUGGAAAACACCUAUUGAAUCGAGAACACCGGAAGUUCUGAGACACUAUCGAGUGCGCACGGUUUUCCAGUACGUAAAUACAACAGAAUUACCGCGACUAACUGUGCGGAAAGCAAACGACGGCGACAACGUCACAUACAUUAUAGGUUUUAAAAAUAACUAUCAGUCCCGAACGGUGCAGCGUGAGGCGUUAUUUUUUACAACGUGAAAAUCUGUCUCGGUGGAAAAUACGACGGCGACGGAAGGCCGCAAGGAGGAAAAUUGACUUGACUCGUCGGAUGGGGAGCGAGGUUUGAGGUGCAAAACGUGAGUUUGUGUGUGUGCAUUUCGAAGCAAAUUGUUCGCUCCGAAAGUGUGUUGUUUGAUGAACGCAUAAAAAAAAAAAAAAUUCGAACAACGAACGAACAAGCGCACAGAAAAUAGCGGCCGCGUAAUAAUCGUGAAAUCGGAAAAGAAGUGAACAAAAAAAACAUAACAUACGCAAGGCAUACCACGCGAGGGUAUAGAAGAAACGGUGAGAUAUAGGAAAGCAAUAGAGCAAUCAGUGAUAAAUGAUAAAAAGCUGCAAAUUAAAACAAGAAAAGUUGAUUAGAGUGAGGCAGCAAUUUUGGGGCCACGCAGAAAACGUGGAGUGAUAAAUAUUUAUGUGAUUUUCAUUGCAUUAUCCAAAAAUAUUAUUUCCGAGACGCACAUAAAACAUAAGUCGUACCCGUCGAAGUGAAAGAGAACCAAAAGCCAGGCUGGUAGUUCGGAUCAUAUUUUUCUUCUUUUUCGUCGAAUCGGACGUGAAUUCGUUAAUUGAAGUGAAGUUAGUAAAGGAAGUUUUUCUCGGUUUCCACCAGAGAAGCCCGAGUAAGAUAAUACAGUCGGAUGCAAUAUUCAAAGCUUUAAUUAGACCAUCCACCACGAGAAACGACCUCUUACCCCCUUCGCAAACUGCCUUCCGUAGUUGAGGCACCACCAGCAGCAGGUCAAAAAAAACAUCAGCCGAAGAUAAUUAUAUUCAAAUUUUGAAUUUCUGGCCCGGCGAAACAGCGAGAGCUGGAUCAAUAACACAGUGGUUAUUCCCAGGGGGAAAAAGAAGACGUAGAAGACGUAGUUGGAAAGUGCAAUCAAUGAUAGGCCAACAUACAGCACAGUACAGCCCAGCCCAGCUCGGUCCAGUCGAUAGAUGAAAUCGGCCAGGUCAAGUGGUCCAGAAAACAGAGGGGGAAGCCUAAAGAGUCUACACGGUGGAUUAAAGCCAGUGCAAUUUCAAAGGAUCUCAAUAAAUGUGUAAUAAUAACCAAAGUACACAAUAAAUAAAAACUCCUACAAUCAUUUAUUUACGCACACUUGAAAAUACACCCAACACCACAACCCAGUGAAAGAGUGAGUGAGCGCAGUUCAAUCCCCAAAUGCGAAGCCAAAGAAAGAAAUUCAAUCUGUGAUUUUUGUUCAUUUUGUGUUAUAAAUUAUUUGUGCGCGUUCCUUGAGUGCUGACAAAGAAAAACGGAAACACAACAAAGUUACGACUGCCAACUGUCAAAGUGAAAAACGCGACAAGAAGAAAAAAAACCUUCAACAAAGUACUCCUGGAGUGUUUGAAACCAAUAACAACACCGGUAAAGGAGCGCGAGUCAAUCAGAAAAAAACACCGAAAGCAUGUUGAUGCAAGUAUCGCAGGACGCGGCCGAUGCGCUCGCGUUGGUCCCGACGUCGGCGACGGCUACGACCGGCGUACAGCAGAAGGACACCACCUGGACGAAACUGUUCGUCGGAGGUCUACCGUAUCACACCACCGACAAAAGCCUGCGGGAACACUUUUCCGUGUACGGCGACAUCGAGGAAGCGGUCGUGAUAACGGACCGAACGACGAACAAAAGCCGGGGUUACGGAUUCGUUAUUAUGGGAGACAGAAUGAGUGCGGAGCGAGCGUGCAAAGAACCCAACCCGAUCAUCGAUGGCCGGAAAGCGAACGUGAAUUUGGCCAUUCUGGGAGCGAAACCACGAGGCAACAUUACACCUGGAUUCCCCUUCACAGCGGCAGGCCUACGGACAGGAUAUCCCAUGCUACCGAGCCAGUUUGGAGUUCCACAGUCAUACAUUUAUGGAGCGCCAUAUCUGGGAGCAGCCGCUGGAACGACAGGAGCUGCUGCGGCCGCAUCCGGACUAGUACCAAUCCAAGCCACGCAGUUGUCGCAUGCGGCUGCCAUUGCAGCCGCCACUAGCCAAUUCUAUGAAUAUCAGAAUGCUGUGGCUGCGGCAGCCGCCGCACCCUACCCUGGCCAGUACAGUGGGUAUGAGGCGUAUCCGUACGCCGCCGCUGCCGGUGCUACAGCUGGAGCUGCUGCUGCGGCUGCUCAGUACAUGGCAGCACCGUACACCUAUGCCACACUACCGCAGGCAGGAGCAGCCGCCGGUGGGUAUCCUGGUUUGUCGCCAUAUCAGAAUGCGGCUAAUGCCGCGGCCAACGCUGCCCUGCAGGAGGCACGACUUCAAUAAUAUUUACCGAAAACAUCCUCGGCGUUGUCGCUACUGACAUUGCUAGGUGGUGUUGAUAAAAUCUAGAGCAACGCAGCACACUCUAGCGGGGAGUAGUGAUACAUUGGGAAACCGUCAACGGGCGGUGGGCAGGCGCAGCAGACAGAGAGCAGCAGCAGCUAGUUUAGCUAGGCAGUUCUUUUUAAUAUAGAUAUUAUGUAGUACUUAUGCAAAUAGUAGCUCCUAAGUAACCAAUUAUUUACCUAUCGAAAGAUUAUUAUUACAAUUAAUAUUGAAAUCAUAAAUUAACCUAUUUAUUAUAAACUAGUUUUAUACGGCCGGAACUUAUUAUUUACUAAGUAAUAAAAAAACAAAAGCUCAACUCUAAGACAUAUGAAUAUUAACAUUAAACAUCCUUUGAUUAUUAUUAUCUUUAAAUCUUAGUUGUAAAUGAUUCUAUUAUACACGAAAAUAAUGCAGCUACCAUUGCAAUAAAAAUAUUUUAACAUUUCCUUUUAUCAAUCACUAAAAACCAAAAUAUACAAAAGCAAUACAUUUCAUAACAAAACAAAGUGGAACGGAAAUGAAACAAAUACUAUCAAAGUGGCACGUUUACUUAUUCAGCAACUGUCAACUACAAAACAGAAGAACCCUGCGCUAAAUGCUCGAAUGAAAAGUUUAUUGUAAUCAGCGAUCAUUCAUAUUAGAACUAUAUUUUAAUUUCGCUCGACGAACCCUUUGAGUUCGUUGGAGUAAAACAAAAACCUAUUUCUUUCAUUAUUGAUUAAACAUUAGUGAUAUUUAUCAAAUAUAAAGUCUACUAUUAACAUAUUAAAAUUAACUAUUUAUACGCGAUCAGAGAGAUACUUCAAAUACGAGAGCCACGGCCAAUUCUGUUAACUACUCGGAAUCGUCAUAGCUAACAUCUCUCGAAGCGAUCUGGAAUUAACAACUAUCAAGUUUAGGACCAUUUUUUUCCUAAGCAUGAAAAAGAGAUAACUUUUGAAAGAAUACCAAAAUGUCCACUUUUGUUUCCUCUUAGCUUACAUUUUUUUUUCAUGCGCUACGUCGUAUACAUAAAAUUUAAGUUGAUUUAGAGAAACCAAACCGUCACCAACAAGUUCUUUUUUGUUGAAUAAUUGCUAGCGAAACACGGAGAGAAGGCGAGAACAAGAUGAAUCGAAAUCUAGUCAAAUGUUUUGUGUGUGGAUUAUUUAUUUUGUUAAUAGGUCAUAUUUAGUAAAAUCAAUCAACAAGCAAGCGAAAUCGCGACAGUCCCCGAACCUUCCUCAUUUUAUGUUUGAUUUCUUCCAGUUUACUUUUUUCAAAAACGAUUUCAAAUGAUUUCAACCGAGAAGAAGAGACUUUUUCAGAACCGUAGUAAAAGAUAGUAGUACACAGAAUCAUAACCUCAAAUAGCUUAACAACCAAAUACAGAAAACUGACAGGUCCCCCCACAGAAUCAUACACUCGAUGCAAGCAACCGGCAAACGAAAUAAGUAAAGAAAACUAAAAAAAAUCUUAUCAAAAAUCGUGCCUUUUUGUGCUGAAAAUUGAGCGGAAAAAAAUCACACCGAAGUAAAGGAACAAACUAUAAACGGAAUAGCGUGACAGCUCCCACGUGACAACACCUCCCUGUAUUGAAUAGCAUUUUAUCGUUGGAAUGGAGUUGGGUAAACCAAACAAAGCGCACCACCAAAUUUUGACAAUAUAGAGUUAAACGAAACAAAAGAAAAUCUUAACAAAAAACGUAAUAAAAAUAGAGUAUUCUCCGUAGAAAAAAAACUUUUAAGAGAAAGACGUAUUUUAACAAACAACCUUUUAGAUGUUUAGAAAACAAAAACACACGAUUUUUUGGUUUCAACAGAAGCAGAAACAAACUGAUACUAGUUAUCGUAACAUGUACUGGAAAAGUUCUCUUAUACAGUAGAUGCUAUUGAAACAAUACCUUAUACAGAGCAGAAUCCCAUCAAAUCAUGGAAUAAGCGUUAACAUCUUUUAUAUGAUAGACAGGGACAACCCACACAAUCUCAAUAACUUUGUCUCAGACAAAACAAACCCUCUAUAGAAAGCAGUUCUUUCUCGAGAGAUUUGUGCAGCAAGUGGCAGCCACAAAACUUGUCUUUCUUUUGUUCGUUGAAUAUUUCUGAACAGAAUGUGACGAAAAAUCGAUUAAGCAAACAGAAACGAAGAAUAGCAAUAGCAAUUUCUAGUGGUUAAGUUUAAAAAAGGAAACCCCUAUUAUUGAACAUGAAGGAAUCUCAUUGUUGCAAUUGAAGGCAAAACAAAACAAAAUACUAUUUGAGAGCAAAAAUGAGCCACUAUUUGUGGCAACUAUUUUAAAACUGUAAAAAAGUUAUGGGCAGAAGAAAACGAAUAUUUGUUUAAGGCAAAAGUAUUUUAUACUUGAAACUCUGAAACAACAAAGUGAAAAAUGAACAAAAAAAACUCAAAGUUAAAAGGUGAAGCCGUAAGAAGGAAUAAGCAUAUGAAGGAAAGCUCUUUACAAUGGAAAAAGAAAAAUAUCAAUUACUUUAAUAUUUAACAUAUUAUUACAAUUUAACAAUAAAGAAAGAAAAAAAUAUUACUGAUAAAUACAACAACUCUAAUUACCAAGUGGAACCAAAAAAUCACAUACACUUACACACAGGCGAAACGUAGCGAGAGAUAGGCAGUUGUAUUGCAGGAAAGAAAAGGAGAAUAAUAACUCUUAAUCAGUGACAAAGAAGGUAAACAAACAAGAAAUAAUUAUUAUACAAGAUUAGAAACUAUAUAUUUAAAAUAAAACAUACGAAAACUAAAUAAA